CCGUUGCUGUAGCCGCCGCCGUCGCUCUUCGAUUUUCGAUUUUCGGAGACGAACAAAACGAGAAAUCGGGAAAAACAUCAAUUUACGAGUGCCCCUCAGUCAUAAUUUUGGGUUCCGAGAAUCAUUCUGCGUACCAGAAUUAAUCAGUGCCAUACGCAAGUAGUUAUCGCCAUUAAUUGUGUUAGUGUUUGUGUUUAAUUACCCCCAAAGUCUCGCGGUCAUUAAUCAACAUUUAGCACAUGGUAAAAACUGAUUAGCUGUAGUGCAAUAAACACACACACACACACACCCAAAGCUUCCCUUUGCCUUGAGUCUGGUCUUACGAAUAGGAUACGCCUGACUGCCGCCUGCCAGUUUCUCAGGAUGCCAGGUUGUGAGUGGAGUGGCACUGGCCUAAGUCGAAAUUGAUGAGCCCCGGUAAGGGGCAUUAUGAAAACAUUACUCGAUUGAAAAUACAUAAGUAGGAUUGGAUAAAUCCUGGAAUAAUUCGAAAACAAUAGUGCACGCACACACUUGAGAACAAAAAGGUACACAACACACAACAGCCGACACUGACACACCCAUGGCAGUCAAAAUGCUGCCCAGUAACAGCUCCGGUCUCCUGGCAACCGAUCUGCAACUGUUUCACAAUGAGAAAUUCCUUUUGAAUCUGACCCAAGUGCUGAACAUCUCGGCGGACAACCUGACCAGCCUGCUGCAGGGUCUGGAGCCGGAGGAGCUGCUGCCCACGGCGACCCCGAUGACCCCACUCUCCCUGCUGGCCACCCUCAGCGUGGGCUACGCCCUCAUCUUUGUCGCCGGAGUGCUGGGCAACCUAAUCACCUGCAUCGUGAUUUCCCGGAACAACUUCAUGCACACGGCCACCAACUUCUACCUGUUCAAUCUGGCUAUAUCCGACAUGAUCUUGCUAUGCUCGGGAAUGCCACAGGACCUGUACAACCUCUGGCACCCGGACAAUUAUCCCUUCAGCGAUAGCAUCUGUGUCCUGGAGAGUGUUCUCUCGGAAACGGCGGCCAAUGCAACUGUUCUGACAAUUACCGCUUUCACUGUUGAGCGAUAUAUUGCCAUUUGCCAUCCGUUUAGGCAGCACACGAUGUCCAAGUUGUCACGGGCCAUAAAGUUCAUAUUCGCCAUCUGGAUUGCCGCCCUUUUGCUGGCCCUGCCGCAGGCCAUUCAGUUUUCAGUGGUGAUGCAAGGCAUGGGAACAUCGUGCACGAUGAAAAACGAUUUCUUUGCCCAUGUGUUUGCUGUAUCGGGCUUCCUCUUCUUUGGCGGACCCAUGACCGCCAUCUGCGUGCUGUACGUCCUCAUCGGGGUGAAGUUGAAGAGGAGCAGGUUGCUCCAGGCGCUGCCCAGGCGGUGUUACGACGUGAACCGCGGCAUCAGUGCCCAGACCCGAGUCAUCCGGAUGCUGGUGGCCGUGGCGGUGGCAUUCUUCAUCUGCUGGGCUCCGUUCCACGCCCAGCGACUGAUGGCGGUCUACGGCUCCUCCUCGGGCAUCGAGUCUCAGUGGUUCAACGACGUGUUCAGCAUCCUCGACUACACGUCCGGAGUGCUAUACUUUCUCUCCACUUGCAUCAACCCGCUGCUCUACAACAUCAUGAGUCACAAGUUCCGAGAAGCAUUUAAGGUCACCUUGGCUAGGCACUUUGGAUUGGGAGGCAAAAAUCCAGGAAGGGGACUGCCCCAUACUUACAGCGCUCUACGACGCAAUCAGACGGGUUCCUUGAGACUACACACAACGGAUAGCGUGCGAACCACAAUGACUUCCACCGCGACGACCACCACGGGGCUGAAUGGCAGUGCGAAUGGCAGUGGGGCAGCAACAGGUACGGCGGUGCGCUUGAACCGCGUGUCCUUGGACGGCGCCCAGUUGCAGGGGCAAAAUCGUAGCCGACAGGACCUCUUCGACCAUCCGCGUCGCACUCUGCAGACGCAGAUAUCGCAGCUUUCGUCGGUGGGCGAUGCCCAUUCGCUGCUGGAGGAGGACUUGCAGUUUCAUGAGGAGCAGCUGCAGCGGCAGCCCACCAUGUGCUCCAUUGACGAGCUCACCGAUGACUUGGCAAUCUCGCGGUCACGCCUUAAGUUGACGCGCAUCACCCGCCCUGUGGUGGCGGGGGCGGGGGGCGUGUCAGGGGGCGUGAACGGCGACGAGUCAAGUGGCAAAGUGCGCAAGGCGAAAGUGAAAGCGCUCAAGAGCUCAAGCGCUCUCAAGGGUCUCAGGGCCAAAUUCAAUUGGCGUGCCAGACGCAAAGGCAACAGCCACAAACCGCAGGCCAAGGGGGCGGCGGGGGCGGUUGCUGGCGAAGACUCCGGCGAGCGGACCGCCUUUUAAAGGGAGUCCAUUCCAGUGCCACCAGCAGACACACACACACACACACACACAACUGUGAUACGAGCAGCAAGCGCCUCUCCAGCUUGUUUGUGUUUAACUCUAGACAAAUAUUCCACGCUGCGGUCAAUUAGUCGUUCUUGCUAAUAUUAUAGCCCGAAACUAUAGUUCGAAUUCUAUUUAUAGUAAUUCUAAUCGCAAUAAACUAUGUAUUUCAUUCUCAUUACAACAA